AUGAAAUCAAAUAAUCAUAUGUGGAAGCUUGACUUCUUGGAAGCUAAGUUUAAUAAAUCCACUCCUAGAUAUCCACAUACUAAGAAAUUGUUACUUGCCAGUAAUCAUAAUCAAAAACUUGUGAAAAAAUUACCUAAAACUCAAGAAGAUGCCCAAUUGGAAAUAGAUACUUUGAAAUCAGAUAUCUUUCAAAAGAAAUAUCAUUCAGGAUAUAUAAAACUUCUUAAAGAGUUAAAUAAGAAAGAAUUGCCUGUUAAAGACGAAGAGUUUUUGAAUAAGUUAAUAACGUCAAGAUUAAUCAAAUCUAUUCAAGUAACUAUCUUAACAAACAAAGUUUUAAAAUCAGAUCCUCCAAAAUAUAUAAGUGAAAAUAUUAGAGCUAUUAUUACCGAUAAAGAAAAUGAAUCCAAUCCUUCAAGAUUUUAUAUUAAAUAUUGUCAGAAUGAUAAGGAAGUCAAUAAAUUUGUUGGAAAUUUAUGGAAUAAUAAAAAUAUCAAGAAAAUCUUGGAUGAAAUCGAAUGGUCAUUCAGGAUUGUUCGUGGUGAUUUGACCAAACAAGAACUUGCAUCAAGAAAUAAAGCAACUGGUAAGACUAUAGAAGAAGAUCUGGACAAUGAAAGUGAGAGUGGAAGUGAAAACGAAAGUGAGAGUGAAAGUGGACAGGAAGAUGAAGAGGAUAUCGAUUUGGAAAAGGAAUAUGAUAAUUUUGCUAUUUAUGAUAAUCUAGUUGAAGGUUCUGAUGAUGAAUCUGAAGAACAAGUUCCAGAUUUAGAUCCAAAUGUGAAUUAUAACGAAGUGACAGAUGAAGAACCAUCUGACGAAUCGGCGAGUGAAGACGAUGAUGAUGAAGAAGAUUCAGAAAGUGAAGAAUCAAGUGCAGAUGACUUUUUCGAAGAAGAGCCACCAACUAAAAAACAAAAGAAACAAACCAAAGUAGAAGAAAAAUACAAACUUCCAGAGCUUGCAACUGGUUAUUUUUCAGGUGGAUCUGAUGAUGAAGAUGAUGAUGUGGAUAAUGAUAAGGUUGUUAAGGAAAUAACUACCCAACGUAAGAAUAGAAGAGGUCAAAGAGCAAGACAGAAGAUAUGGGCCAAGAAAUAUGGUAAAGAAGCUGCUCAUGUAAAGAAAAAUCAACAAAGAAUAGCUAGUGAGAGAGAACAAAGACAAUUGGAAUAUGAAGAAAGACAACGUAAGCGUGAAUUGAAAGCUAAAUUGUUAGCUGAAAAGCAACAGACGGGUGCAAAUGCCUUACCAUUGGGUGAAAGAAAAGCAGGAACUACAUCAAUUUCAACACCAACCCCAACUCCUCCAGCAGAACCAAAGGGUAUGCAUCCAUCUUGGGAAGCAAAGAAAUUAGAGAAAGAAAAGAUGAAGAAUAUAAAAUUCCAAGGUAAAAAAGUUGUUUUUGAUUAA